AUGGUUUCUUUGGCACCCCUUGCGGAUAUUGUCUCCACCACGUUCCUCCCCAGACUCACAGAGAAUGGAAUUACCCAUUUCACAGACGAUAAGGCCAAUCAGGAGAUCUUUGUUGAUACCGUAGAGGUGGUAUCUUCCAAGCCUGACAGCGACGAUCACUUUGCCAUAACCGCAAACGGGAACGGGCCUACACUACUGGAACAAAAUGUGCCCAAAGACCCCAUCGUCCCGUCAGAUUCAGACACGUUGUCUAAAGAUCAAAAAAUGGCCAUGGAAGUUCUGAAGAUUAUCGAAAGCUAUGGAGUCGAUUUCGAAAAAUCGGGCGUUUCCUGGAAAGGCUUCGAUUCGUUCGUUCCUAUUGUCCUGGCCCAAAUCGAGAAACAGGAGCCUAUUCGCAUGAUCCUGCCUGCUUUCCCGUUCAAGUCCCCGAAUGCACGCGAUAAAGUCUUGGGCAACAUGCCCGACUUUGGUGAGGAGCUGGCACUUUCUCAUUUGAAUGGAUUGUGCCAGAACAUCGCCGAUGUAUAUGAGCCCGGCGCCCAUGUACACAUCAGUUCAGAUGGACUUGUGUACAACGAUAUUCUCGGCGUCCCGGAUGAAACCGUUUGGGACUAUGGAGAGACGCUGCGCAAGAUGGCCGCCGAAAAAGAGCUCCAUCAUGUCAAGUUUAUUCGGCUCUUCGAGCUUCUUGAGCAUCCUUGGUUCCCAACAUCAACCCCAGAGGAUGCAAAGGCUUUUUAUCUAGCCCAUGCCAGUUGUCUCCGCCGAGAGCUGAUGUAUGCCUUCGGCGAUCCGACAUUUGACGCGGACGUGGCCAUCAAAACCGACAACGACACAUGUUUAACAUAUCGUGGCUACAUCAAGUUCCUCACCAAGGAUCUUGCUCAUCAAGACGAGAGCAAGUUUGCGUCCAAGCGCGCUCGACAGACGCAGAUUGCGAAGACAGCGCGACAGAUGAUCAUUCGCGGUAAAAUGUUCGCAGCGGCUAUUAAAGCCAACCGCAAGGAUUACGUGCGACUUUCCAUCCACGAGUCUGCUGGCCAGAAGAAGCUUUCUGUCUCACUGGUUCCACAGCUUCGUGGCGUUCUCGGGCACACGCCUUGGCAUGCUUCUGUGGCGGUUGGCCUCGAUGGUUCAUAUCGCACCGUCCAUGCCGAGGAUGUAAGAGAAACCCACGACGUGGUAUAUAAGAACGGACAGCCAUAUUAUUUCCGUGAAAAGUCGCAGCUCUUUGACUGGACUGCGGAUGGCCUGUCGGUCAAGUUCGAGCAUCUAUAUCCAUGUGGACUCGUCAUUCGCCCCGCUGACAUCGACAACGUGAACGCACGGCCAUCUAUUCGUUCCAUUCCUAUGCAAAAGGUCCGGCAGCUCUCCAACAGUAUGUCUCCAAUCAUCCUCCGAGGAUUUGCAGAGACCCUGGAGGAAGAGUACUACGUCCAGAAGGCAUCGGAGCUGGGCACCAUCCUCCCAUGGAGCUUUGGUAUCAUCCAAAAGGUCCGCGACGUUGGCCGCUCAGACAAGAUGGGCAACAACGUCACCUCCAACGAGGCCAUGCCAAUGCACUUUGACGGUAUGUUCAAGUUUGAGGAGAUCACCGAUCCUGAAACAGGCGAGAAGAAGAAAAUCCAGCGCCCGCCAGGUUACCAAUUCUUUACUUGCCCAGCUACAGCGCCCAAGGGCAAUGGAUACACCCUGUUCACAAGUUCACGCCUUUUCUUCCGGUAUCUGCCUCUGCCAUGGUCAGCUGAACGCCUCGAAAAGACCACCUGGGCUAUGGAUAACAAUGGGUUCUGGGAUGCGAAGCUUAAGAGUUUGAAGCUGAUUGUGAAGCACCCUGUGUCUGGUUCACCAUGCCUGCGAUGGCAUCAGCCAUGGGACGAGACAAAGACCAAAUUCUCUACAUGCGACGUUACAAUAGAGAACGAUGACAACAGUCUGGUCCAAGUCGUGGAUCGUAUCACGUAUGACUAUCGUGUGUGCCUACGGUUCGGGUGGGAGAAGGGUGAUCUGCUGGUCAGCGACAAUACAGCUAUGCUGCAUACCCGAACUGGGUAUAUCAGUAACUGUAAUCGCGAGUUGUGGCGUAUUCACUGUGAUUAG